AUGUUCAUCCAGUGGGCUCUUCUGAUCUCCAGCGCAACUCUGAUCGCCGCCGGAUCUAUAUCGAUUUCGGAAAGGAUUGUCGGAGGACAGACGGCGAACAUUUCCGAGGUGCCAUGGCAGGCCUUCCUUCAAUACUUGGGCAAAUAUGAUUGCGGUGCUGUCGUUUUUAGUGACGAGAUCGUUAUAACUGCUGCCCAUUGUGUUGAGUCCAAUAAUCCAGAAGAGUACUCCGUGAGAGUGGGUUCAUCAAAAUCGAACCAAGGAGGCCAAGUGGUGCAGAUAUCUAACAUCAUACGGCACGAGAAUUUCCAACAUAAAUACUACUUGAAUGAUAUAGCCGUCAUCCGGCUAAAGACCAAACUCCAGUUGGGUGACAGCGUCAGACCUAUUCCUUUGGCAGAUCAAGCUCCUGCAAGUGGAACACCCGCAUUGGUUUCCGGAUGGGGAGAUAUCGAAAAUGAAGGACCGUCAUCGGUAGACCUUCUAAAGACCAUAGUGAACAUAGUGGAUUGGAAUGAUUGUAGAAGGUCUUAUGGGUAUAUUUCUAAAGAUCAGAUCUGUGCCGCUGCUUCAGGAAAGGAUUCCUGUCAGGGAGACUCCGGAGGUCCUCUGGUCGUCGAUGGUAAACUUGUUGGCAUCGUUUCCACUGGCAAUGAAUGUGCUCAUCCCUAUUUCCCUGGAGUCUAUGCUAAUGUGGCUGUGCUCAAGCCCUGGAUCGAAAAUGCUAUUAAAUUUGUUUAAUGUACUACAUUAAAUAAAAAACAAAAUCACAGAAAUAUAGAUCUCUCAAAAU